CAGUAUUUGUUGACGACAGAAAGGCCUUCAUUGUAAAAGCUGAUAGCAAGCUAUGGCUCACUUUCCUUCUGGCUGCUUUUGCAGGAGUCCUACAUUGGUAUCACAUAACAACUCUUUUUGAAAAUGACCGUCAUUUUUCUCAUCUGUCAACGCUAGAAAGAGAAAUGGCUUUUCGCACGGAAAUGGGUCUUUAUUAUUCAUACUUCAAGGUCAUUAUUGAGGCACCAUCGUUUUGCAGUGGAGUAUGGGCAAUUAUGAAUGACAAACUAACUGAAUAUCCUUUAGUGAUUAACACCUUACAGAGGUUCAAUCUUUACCCAGAGGUGGUCCUUGCCAGCUGGUACCGUAUAUAUACCACCAUUAUGGAUUUCCUUGGUGUACCGACAAAGACAUGUUGGACUGUAAACAGAGGAAAAGGGCUUAGUCCUGUGGAAAGCUGUGAGGGCUUGGGAGACCCCGCUUCCUUUUAUGUUGCUGUGAUUUUUCUUUUGAAUGGAUUAAUGAUGUCACUGUUCUUCAUAUACGGUACAUACCUCAGUGGGAGCCGUCUGGGGGGCCUUGUUACUGUGAUGUGUUUCUUUUUCAACCAUGGAGAGUGCACUCGCGUCAUGUGGACUCCACCUCUUCGUGAAAGUUUCUCAUACCCAUUCCUUGUGCUUCAGAUGUUGCUUUUGACCUAUAUUCUCAGGGUUCCGAAUAUUAAUACAGGAAGCCUGAUUGCACUGUGUGUUUCUAAUAUCUUUUUCAUGCUUCCCUGGCAGUUUGCUCAGUUUGUUCUUCUAACACAGAUAGCUUCACUAUUUGCUGUGUGUAUUAUGGGUUAUGUUGACUCCUGCAAAUUACAGAAGAUAAUCUUUGCUCAUAUGGCAUCUCUUGUAGUGUGUUUUAUUCUGAUGUUUGGUAAUUCAAUGUUAUUGACAUCCUAUUAUGCUGCAUCUUUAGUAGUUAUCUGGGGUAUUCUUGAAUUCAGUCGGAAAGUCUUGAAAAGCAGCAGAAGAGAAGUUUAUAUAUGGGUCAUUGAAGGAUGUGCCUGGUUAUUUGGGACAGUCGCCUUGAAAUACCUAACUUCUUUAGUGUUUGGCAUAGCUGAUGAUGCUCAUAUAGGAAAUAUAUUAAAAUCUAAAUUUAUUGGCUACAAGGAUUUUGAUACAUUAAUGUAUACCUGUGCUGCAGAGUUUGACUUCAUGGAAAAAGAGACUCCAGUAAGAUACACAAAGACUCUGCUAUUACCAGUUGUUCUGGUGGUUUUUGGGGUGAUCAUCAAAAGGGCAAUUAAAAAUCUUAUGUGGGCCUUAUCACAGACGGGCCAAUAUGAAAGAGAGGAACGUUUUAACCAUGGUGAGCUGGUAUACCAUGUAUUGCAGCUAUUGGCAUACGGUGUCCUGGCAAUUUUAAUCAUGAGACUAAAACUGUUUCUGACACCACAUCUAUGUGUUAUGGCUUCCUUGGUGUGUUCAAAACAGUUGUUUGGAUGGCUCUUCUGUAAAAUCCAGCCCAAAACAUUGGUCUUUGCUACUUUAGCAUUGAUGGCAAUAGAGGGAUCAGCAAACCUUCAAACUCAGUGGAACAUCAUGGGAGAAUUUAGUAAUUUGCCACAGGAGGAACUUUUAGAGUGGAUAAAAGUCAACACCAGACAAGAUGCAGUUUUUGCAGGAGCAAUGCCUACAAUGGCAAGUGUUAAAUUGUCUACACUUAGACCAAUUGUAAAUCAUCCUCACUAUGAAGAUGCAGGAUUAAGGUAA